CACACGGUUCUGAGCUAGAACCUUCAUCUCUCGCCAUUCCUUUCCCGCAUCCUUCAGUUCCUUGUGCACGCCUCUUCUCCAUGUAUCACGGGGUCGUCCCCUUCUCCUUCUCCCAGCAGGGUUCCAUUCCAAAGCCUGUCUUUGAAUGUCACCCGAUGGUCUGCGCAGUGUGUCUCUGAAGAGGUAUGAAGAAGUAUGUCCGAGAGCAAGUGUAGGAAAGGAGCUGUAAAUUAUUUGACAGAAUUUGAUAGAUAAUGGGAUUAUUGAACGACUAAUUCAAGAGUGUGUUAGCAAUUUAGCAUUGAAGAAUUAUGUCCUGGAAUUUAUUGAAAAUUUUCAAAGUUUUCAGAAAAACAGCUUCCAAUUUGUGGUUGCCUAUUUGAUUUUUCUGGGCUUUUAUAUACUUUCAUCUUGGAAUGACUGUUUCAGUGAAUGACCAACUUUUCCACAUUUCUAAUAAUUGGACCUUUUUUCUUCUCAAGCAUCGAUUCAAUAUUAUGAUGUGAGUUUCCUUUAUAAUUGGUUAUAUUCCUGUCUAAAUUUCUGUACUGAUAUUAGGUACAUUUUUGCAGGCCCAUUAAUCAAUCAUUGUUGAUUUUUAUAGUUUAAAAAAUCGAAUUGAUGUUGGAAAAUGUAGGCAUACAAUAAAAAUAAUUCAACAAAAUAUUCUUGAAAACAACGGUGACCAAAAGCUGUAACACCGUAGUAACCAGCUAUCGAGUGCGGGUGGAGCAGUGAUUUGAAAGUAACCUGUUAUCAGUACUCGUUACCAAAUACUAGUUUCGGCAUUCCAUCGUUCAGAGUUCAGGCCGAUCAACGUCACGCGUCAGCAAAGCCUGCUGCUCAGUUGUCAGUUCAGAGUUCUGGCAAGUCGGUUCAUCUCAGAGAUUUUUUUAUCAGUUGUCAUCGCACAUUUUUCGACCAUCAAAUCAAAACACUGCCUAUCUCACCAUAUUUCUGAUUAAGAGCACUGAACAAUUAUUAACAACUCUCCAAUAUGGCAUACACACCAAUCCCAACAGUUGUCCCGAAAGACGGAUUCAGUGCAUCUGAGGAUGGCCAAGCUUUGCGAGCCGCCAUGAAGGGCUUCGGAACUGACGAGGCUGCCAUCAUCGAUAUUCUCACAACCAGGACAAAUGCACAGAGGCAGGAGAUCGCCAAGUUCUUCACAUCCGAGUAUGGAAGGAACCUGAUAGAGGACCUGAAGAGCGAGCUGGGCGGGAAGUUUGAGAGUGUGAUAGUGGCGUUGAUGCAGCCGCCGUUUGAGUUUCUGGCGCACCACCUGCACAAGGCGAUGAAGGGCAUCGGCACCGACGACCAGGCCGUCAUCGAAGUGCUCUGCACCCGCAACAAGGCCGAAAUACAGGAGAUCGUCGACACCUACUGGCGGCUAUAUGACAGACCUCUGGCAGAGCACAUUUGUACUGAAACAAGUGGGGACUUCAGAAGAUUCCUUACUCUCCUAGUUACUGGAGUGAGAGAUGAACCAGGAGUAGUGUCUGCAGAAAAAGCCAAAGAAGAAGCCCAGCUCCUUUAUAAUGCAGGUGAAGGGAAGCUUGGAACAGAUGAGGAGGUGUUCAACAAAAUUCUAUCACACGACAGCUAUGAACAAUUGCGGAUUGUGUUUGAGGAGUACAAGAAUUUGGCUGGCAGAACAAUAGAACAGUCACUGAGGAAUGAACUAUCUGGCUCACUGUUGGAUGCUUAUAUUGGAGUUGUGGAAUGCGUGCAAUGUCCAGUCACCUAUUUGGCCAAACAGUUGCACAAUGCUGUCAAAGGCUUCGGAACUGAUAACAACACACUGAUCAGAAUCAUUGUCAGUCGCAGUGAAAUCGACCUCGGCAAUAUCAAGCAAGAGUACGAGAGGCUAUAUGACAAGACACUGGAGAGUGUUGUCAAGAGUGAAACAUCGGGGGAUUACAAGAAAGCACUAGUAGCACUCAUUGGUGGCCCAUGAAUCAAUUGCAUACAAUCCAGCACAGAAUAAAGCACUGUUCAAAUUUUUAUAUUUAAUUUUAUGUUGUAAUUCUAUUAAAAUAAGUUUCACGUUCAA